AUGUUUAUGACACGUUCAGAAUACGACCGUGGCGUCAAUACCUUUUCUCCAGAAGGACGUUUAUUUCAAGUUGAAUAUGCUAUCGAAGCUAUCAAGCUUGGUACCACAGCCAUCGGCAUUCAGACUUCCCAAGGCGUUAUCUUGGCUGUUGAAAAGCGUGUCUCUUCACCGUUACUUGAAGCUAGUUCGAUUGAAAAGAUCAUGGAGGUCGAUACCCAUUUGGCAGUAGCAUUGAGUGGCAUGGUUGCUGAUGCUCGGACGAUGAUCGAUUUUGGCCGGGUCGCAGCCCAGAACCAUAGAUUCACUUAUGAUGAGAGCUUGAAGGUGGAAAGUUUGACUCAGAGCAUCUGUGAUUUGGCUCUACGAUUUGGUGAAAGCGCAGAUGGCGAAGAAGCUAUCAUGAGCCGACCAUUUGGCGUUGCAUUACUUAUUGCUGGUGCAGAUGAAAAAGGACCCCAACUAUUCCAUGCUGAUCCAUCGGGAACAUUCAUGGCAUACAACGCAAAAGCUAUAGGAUCUGGGUCUGAGGGAGCACAAACUGAGUUGGAGAAAGAAUAUCACAAAUCAAUGACUCUGGAAGAAGCGGAAACACUUGCUCUUAGGGUACUCAAAUCUGUGAUGGAAGAAAAGCUCAACAAAUCAAACAUUCAGGUUGCCUCGAUCACUGCUGAACAGAAAUUCAAAAUUUAUCACGAAGAACAAUUGCAAACCAUCAUUGAUAGGUUGUAG